CAUAUUCACACACAAAGGAGCUUGUGCUGUAUCAUCUGAACUUGGGCUGGAAACCACUCGAGCAGCUCUGUUCCAGUUUCUCUGGAGUCAUGGCGUCGUCUUUGUGACCCAACAAUGCAGUGGAUGACUCGUGCUGUCCACUGUAGCCAUUGGCAAUGCUGUGUUUCAGGAGAGCUAAUUGGAAUUUUGCACACCAUCUAGCGAGGAACAGCUUCUAGAUUGUUUCCCACGUGCUAAAACUUCAUACUUCACUUAAAGCAGGUCAGAUUAGAUGCAGUGAAAAUGCUGAGACGCCAACCCUUCUGUCUUGACUUUCUUUGGACCAUUUCUGUUCAAUAGUAUUUUUGCAAAGUUUCAUUGCCAGGGUGUCACUUUUUAUGUCUUGAAAUACGACUGAGCUGAAACAGUCCUCUGCCUUUGAUAUCUCAAGACCUUCAAGACUAAAACGCAGCAUCAUUUCAAACACAAGUUAUAAGUGUGAAACUCAGGGAAAGGACCAUCACACCAUGCGUUUUCUGUCGCUGAAGUCAAAGUAUAAAAGUCAAAUUCAUUACAUUACAGUUUUUGCCAACACAAAAGUGAAGAACUUCAUUAAAUGAUAUUUCUUAUUCCGUGACUGACAGCACAAUCAUGGGCGGCUCUGCUUCUCUAGCACAGCAACAUUGUUGGCACCGACUUCAGACAUGGCUAAAGUUGGCUUCAACACAAUGACACAAUGUUUUUCGGUCGGUGUACUUCCUGACUGGUCAGCUUUUAUUUGGAGUGCUACGUGCUGUUGCUUACCUUGGACAGUUGAACUGGCCUCCUUCUGCUUCAGCCAACUGACUCAGUAGCAUCAGUGCUUUUGAGUCCGGUCCGAAUGGCAGAAUCUAGUUCUUAACUUGAAAGGCAGCGAGACGUGUGGCCAGCUGGGCGUGAACACGCUGCUGGGUCAAAUGAAGACAUCCUUCCCUCUUCACGGGUCAGAGGUCACAACAACUUCCAGACAACAUGAAAGGCGGGUGUAAACAGUGAAAAGGAAUAGAGAGAGAACAGUGCCCUGGGGAGUCCCUCGUCACCUUAUAUUGGGAGAAGCCUUCACCUUCAGCACCGGUCAGUGGAUGGUGACGAAGGUUCUGGAGAACGUCUAACAUAAAGUUUAUCCAAACCAAAAUCCAUUUGAUUGACUUUCACAUGGGUCCAGAUUUAAGGAACCUUUAUGUUGGGACGGACGCUGCUUCACUUCUCCCAUCAUCCCUGCAUUGCAUCCACCAGUCGAAUUCUUCAUUGGUGUGUGGUUUCUCCCGCCUUCUUGAGGGGCGUCAGAUCCAUGGAGCCCCUGAAAGAUGCUCCAAAUGUCCAGAUAUCCUCCGCUGCAGCUGGCAACUCCGACAUAUCGGCGGCAGACACACCUCCUGAAGCCCUGCGAGGGGAGACGGUGGUGAAAGAGGGAAAGGCCUCCAUCUUGUUUCCAAGUGCUAAUGAGGUGUUUUACAACCCUGUGCAGGAGUUUAACCGAGACUUGACAUGUGCAGUGAUCACAGAGUUUGCCAGAGAAGUGCUGGCUCAGCGGGGAGUGAAGGUGGUCGUGCCCGGGGAGACGGAGCGAGUGGUGGUCUCCCUGUCGGAGGAGAUGAGCGAAACAGACGCUCAGGUGGAGGAGAAGAACGGAGCCGAGGAGCCGACAGUCACGGCGUCAGUGGGAGAGAAAUGUGAGCGAGGCAUCCGUGUGCUCGAGGGUCUGGCAGCAUCGGGGCUGCGCUCGGUCCGCUUUGCUCUGGAGGUUCCCGGCCUUCAGAGCGUCACGGCCAACGACUUCUCCGCCAAAGCUGCGGCGCUGAUCGCUCGGAAUGCAAAGUACAACAACGUCGACCAUCUACUUCAGGCCAGCUGCAAGGAUGCCAGCAUGCUGAUGUACGAGAUGCGGGGGAAGAAGGAGCGCUACGAUGUCAUCGAUCUGGAUCCCUAUGGCAGCCCGUCCUGUUUCCUGGACGCCGCCGUGCAGGCCGUCAGCGAGGGAGGCCUCCUGUGUGUGACUUGCACAGACAUGGCCGUGAUGGCGGGCAACAGCGGCGAGACCUGCUACAGCAAGUACGGCUCCGUCUCCAUCAAGAGCAAAUAUUGUCAUGAGAUGGCUCUGCGCAUCAUCCUGCACAGCUUGGACCAGAGGGCUGGAGUUUACCAGCGCUACAUUCAGCCGCUGCUGUCUGUCAGCGUGGACUUCUACAUCCGGGUCUUUGUGCGGGUCUUCACGGGGCAGGCCAAAGUGAAGGACUCUGCCAGCAAACAAGCUCUGGUGUACAACUGCGUGGGCUGCGGCUCGUUCCAUCUGCAGAGGCUGGGGAGGAAGACCGUCAGCGGGAAGCACACCAAGUACUCCCCUGCCACCGGCCCUCCAGUGGGACCCAGCUGUGAGCACUGCCAGCAGAGGCACCAGCUGGGAGGACCGAUCUGGGCGGAACCCAUCCACAACUUGGACUUCGUCCAGAGGGUGCUGUCCGCGGUGUCCGGGAAUCCCGAUCGCUUCGGGACCUCCAAACGCAUCCAGGGGGUUCUCAGCAUGGUGACCGAGGAGCUGGAGGACGCGCCCCUCUACUACACCGUGGACAGUCUGAGCAGCACCAUACGCUGCAACACGCCGCCUCUGCUCCAGCUCAGGUCUGCGCUGCUCCACGCCGGCCACAGGGUGUCGCUGUCUCACGCCUGCAAGAACGCCAUCAAGACGGACGCGCCUCCCGCCGUCCUGUGGGACAUCAUGCGCUGCUGGGAAAAGUCCAACCCAGUGAAGAGGGAGAAGCUGUCGGAGACCAGCCCGGCGUUCAAGAUCCUCUCCACCGAGCCCAAACUGGAGGCCUGCUUCACGGUGAGGGAAGACGCCAAUCCACAGUCCAGAAGACGCCACCUGACCCGCUUCCAGGAGAACCCCCAGGCCUUCUGGGGCCCCAAGGCUCGCGCCAAAGCCAGUGGCGGGAUUUCGACGGACCUGCAGGACAAGAGGAAGAAGUGCCAGAAUAAGAGGAAGAACCCCAGUGCUGAGUCGACGCAGCUCAAGAGCUUCCCCUGCAAGCGCUUCAAGCAGGGCACGUGCACGCAUGGAGACGACUGCUGCUACUCUCACGACCCUCCAGCCAAACAAGACCACGGAGCCCCGGAGUGACGCGCUCUCAACACGUUGGAUUUUCUUUGUUCCUUGUUGGGCUGUUGUGACGGACCCAUAAAAGUUUUACGUUUUUCCUCUUUGUCAUGUGUUGUCGGUGCCUCUUCACAAUUCAGGUUGGUCAUGUGCUCCAGACUCAUUUGUUAUGGACUCAGUUCUGAACACGACAUUGAGCAAAGGAGUCAGGAGCCAGAUUUUUUUUACAUUUACAUUUUUUUUAACAAAACAAAAUUAUUUAUAUUUAUUAUUAUUUAUUAUUAUUUUUAUUUAUAUAUUAUUUAUA